CGUUCAAAGAGAAUCGACAAAGGACCCUGAAGUCAUCUUGAGCCUCUCAAAACCCGGAUCCCGAGUGGACCAGUCCAAACCAAAACCAUUGAGGUCAAGGCAAGUUCUGCCUUCCCAUCUGCAUUCAUUCCCAGUCCGACCAUCGGGGUGGAACCAUGCCUUUGUUUGGAGGGGCCAGCCCUUUUGAGGCGGAUAUUGAAAAAAUCACCAAUGAAAAGAAUACGAGUGAGGAUUGGGGCCUCAUUAUGGAUCUGUGUGAUCGGAUCUCGGCCGCGCCCAAUGGCGCCAAAGAGGGUCUCAAGGUCAUCGUCAAAAGGUUGAAUCACCAGGAUCCGCAUGUCGUCUUACAAGCCAUUACGUUGCUAGAUGCGUGUGUGAACAAUUGUGGGCGUAACUUUUGCUUGGAAGUGGCCUCCCGAGAGUUUGAAAAGAGUUUUGUGGCCUUGUUGCGCAAGAGCCAACGGAGUGUGCAAGAGAAGCUCAAGGCUCUACUCAAGAAAUGGGCACAUGGCGAGUUCAAAGGCGAUCCGGCCUUCAGCCUUAUUCCCGCCCUUUAUCAUCAACUCAAACAUGAGGGUAUUGACUUCCACUCGGAUCAGCCCAAAAAGGCCCCCGUCAGCAAGGAUCCGAAUGUAGUCAACACUCAGCAAGAGCAAGAUGAUAUCGCAGCGGCCAUUGAACUGUCGCUCAAGGAGACCAAGUCCAAUCCAUCCGAAAAGCGAAAUUUCGACCAAACUAACAACGGAUCCGGACUCUAUCCCGCGACUAAUUUGGCGGCCGUGGAACCGGCCAAAGACCUUUCUUUUAAUGAGCCCCAAAAAGCUCGAGCCUUGUACGACUUUGAAGCGGCUGAAGACAAUGAGUUAACCUUCAAGACUGGAGAAAUAGUGAUAAUUUUGGAUGAUAGCGAUGUCAAUUGGUGGAAGGGUUCCAAUCAUCGGGGUGAGGGGUUAUUUCCGGCCAAUUUUGUCUCCAAGGAUCUCGAGCCGAAAGAGGAUUCGACCAAAGCUCGUCGUCGAUCCGUCCAAUUCAACGAUGAGGUCGAGGUCAAGACGGUGGAAACGCCCCCCGUGCCCCUGGUCACGGAGAUCGAUGAAUCAAAACUGCAACGAGUCCUGGACAUGUUGCACAGUGCGGAUCCCACCAGUGAUGCGAAUGACCCCCUGGAAUUGGCCGCCCAGGAGGAACAAGCCAAUAUGAUGGGACCUCUCGUGGACAACGAGCUGGAAGUGGUGGAUCGCCGAUACGCCCAACUCACUCAAUUGAGCACGCAAUUAGUGGAGGCCAUGAAUUUGUACCAUCAACUCAUGCGAGACAUUCCAGCCUCAAGUCAUCCGAGCAUGCAUGCCAUGCCCAACAUGAACGGCACCCCGCAAUACUAUCCCGCCUACAGUAGUGCACCCACCACUUCCAUGUAUGGUAUGCCACCACCCAGUGGAGGCUUUCGGUCCAUUGCCCCCCCUCCGCCAGGCGUGAUGGGUCAUCCACCAGGUGCCCCUGGGGCUUCCGGCCCAAGCGACUACAAUCCUGUGAUCUAUGGCAAUCCCAUGAGCCACACCCUUCCCCACCCGACCUCUAUGGCCUCGCAUCCAAGCAACCCGAUGCAUCAGAACGGUUAUGGUUACAAUCCUGGCGAACCACAUCAUCAACAGCAACAACAACAACAACAACAGCCACAUCAAUCGCAACAACAAGCGGUUUACUCAGCAGAAUCCUAACACUCACCCCUGUCAUCAUCAUCUUGAUCAAUUGCAAUUUCCGUCAUAAAUGAAAACGGACUUGAAUAGAGCAUAGAGCAGAACAACGUUUACACAGAGAAAAAACUAUUGAAUCUAUCCAAUUGCAGACCAUUUUCAGUUUCAUCACAUCUUGAUAACUGGAUGUUUUUUCCUUAUUUUGUCAUGAUAUAAAUUAUCUAAGAAUUCA